AAAUAAAUGGAUGUAAUUUAUAAACACGUAGAUACACAAAUUUUUGACGAAUUAAUUUCAAGAACUCGACGAACAGUGUUGGAGUAUCCUUAAAAAAAGAACAGUCAUUGAAAAAAUAUUUUAAAAAAAUAGAAAAUCCAAUAAUAAUAAUAUUUGUUUAUUUAUUCCGUGAUAAAUAAAUUUAAAACUUCUGACAAUAAUAAAAUCUAGAACAUAACCUCUGUAUUGUUAAGUGUCAUACGUUAUACAAUAAACAGUAUUAAUUCAAGAUGAUGCCCGGACGGCUCCCAGUUUCAGAUAAUCCGCUGGGUUUGUCGUGGCACGACAGUGCAUGGAUACCCGUUUUAAAUCCAACUAAUAUAAUGGAUUACUUUUCAGAACGUAGUAAUCCAUUUUACGAUCGUACUUGUAAUAAUGAGAUCGUUAAAAUGCAACGGCUUAAUCCUGAACAACUUCAAAACAUGACAGGAGUUGAAUACAUUUUACUUCAUGUACAAGAUCCGAUUUUGUAUGUAAUUCGUAAACAGCAUCGUUACUCACCAACCCAAGUAACUCCUCUAGCAGACUAUUACAUAAUUGCUGGUACAGUAUAUCAAGCUCCAGAUUUAGCUUCUGUCAUUAAUUCCCGUUUACUAUCCACGAUUCAUCAUUUGCAAUCGGCGUUUGAAGAAGCUAGUUCUUAUUCAAAGUAUCAUCCUAGCAAAGGAUACUCUUGGGACUUUAAAAAUGGUAAACCUCUGUCAGCUAAGAAAGAAGCUCCUCUGCGAGAAGAACCCAGUUCGUUAUUCCAACGGCAAAGGGUUGAUAUGCUUCUUGCUGAAAUAACACGAAAAUUUCCACCACCUAUUCCUAAACCUGUACAAGCUCCUCCAGAACAACCACCUGUUGAAAUAAAACAAGAAAUUUUGAAUUUAAAAGAAAUAAAGACUGAGAAGAGAGAUAUGAAACCACCGCCAGAAAGAAAACCAAGAAUUAAUUGAUUGUUUUUAUAUUUUUAUCAAAUAAUAUUAAGUAUAUAUAGAUAUUUAAUAAAUUAAAAAAAAAAAAAAAA